CGUGGCAGUAUCAAUUUUUGCCGCCUAAAACCCUAAUCGGACCAACCAAACGGUUUACCCUAACCGUAUCAAACCCACUUCCCUAAACAAGGCUCCGCUGUCCGAACUUCUUUGAGUUCCUCUCUCUUCUCUUGCAAGUUGCAACAUUACUCUUUACUGUGCUCUGUCAAAUUUUACGCUUUUUUGUUUUGUUUUGUUUAGAGAUUAAGUUGUCAACAAUGGAGCUUGGAACCCUCAGCUCUGUGGACAGGACGGUGUUGAUUCGCUCUCUAGUGGAGGCUUUGGUGGGGGAGGCUUUGCUGGCUGCUGGGAAAACUCUCGCUUGCCUUCUCAUAGCAAAUGGAUCUCUGCCAAUCGAUGCCAGCAAGUCACCAAAUUUGAGCAGGAUCGAUGGAAGGUUUCCUCUGGAUGAACUCCACCGAAAAGAACAUUUAUGUGAAGAAAACAAGGAUGGUAGUGAUACGGAGGAUGACGACGACGAUGACGAUGAGGCUGACCAGGAUGAUGAGGAUGAUGAUGGAGAUGAUGAGGACUUCUCUGGCGAAGGCGAGGAUGAUGGGGAUCCUGAUGAUGAUGUUGAGGCCAAUGGUGGAGGAGACAGUGAUGAUGGUGAUGACGACGACGAAGAUGACGAUGACGAUGACGAAGACGGAGAAGAUGAAGAUGAUGAAGACGAGGAGGAGGAUGAAGAAGAGGAGGGUCCACAACCACCAUCAAAAAAGAGGAAGUGAAUACUAUUAUUAUUGCAGUAGGUCAAUUGUUUUCUAUCCCUCCUUGUAAUGUUGUCAUUAGACUUAGUUAUUAGGACAUAUUUAUCAUCCUCCACGAGCAGACCUAUGACCUAGUCUUUCUCAUCUCUCAUUAUAAACGUGAUAAUCAAUAUAUCCACAUUGUUGCUAUUGUUGUCGCUUGUCCUCCUUGUAUCUGUGGCCAUUGAAGAAUGUAUUUUAUUGAAGAUGAUUAGUCUUGCCCUUUGCCA